AUGAGUGCUGACCUCUUCGGUGAAGACACUGUCAAACGCCUGGGCGUCAACACUGAACGUCCAUCCAAAGUACCACUCUUAACAGGAGGCCAAUUCAAUAGACCACAACUACAGCCACCACCAUUGUGGCAACAUGUAUCUGUUUUGAACGACAGGACUAGCAGGGUGGAAGAUAUGUUUGAAAUUUUUUUGCAGAAGCAUGAUUCCACCAUAAAGAGAAAUGAGGCUAGCUUCAGAAACUUGGAGAUGCAGAUUAGUCAAUUAGCCAAAAGGUUGGAGCACAAAGCAGAGAAUCAAUUUGGGGCUAAUACUGAGGUUAACCUUAAAGAAAAUUGUAAGGCUAUAGUGAGUGUUGAGGAAAGAGUGGAAGAGAAAAAAGAGAGUGUUGAGUUAGUAGGGAGAGAAGAAAAAGAUGAGAAAAUAUGUGCAAGGGAGUUGGAAAGAGAUGAAGAGAAGAGGGUAGAGAAAAAAUCUGAAAAAAGAGGAAAAAAUAAAAAAGAUGAGAGUGUUCUUCCUUAUCGAAAAAGGUGUGAGAGAGUGGAGAGAAGAUAUGAGCUCUUUAGAGAAAUCUUCAAUCAAAUGGAGAUUAAAAUAUCGUUGACUGAAGCACUUCAACAGAUUCCUGUCUAUGCUAGGCAUAUAAAGCAUUACCUCGGCGAAAAGAUAGAUUCUGAUGAGGAAGCUAAUGAUGAACAGGGAAGUUGCAGUGACUUGUUUGAGAAAGCACAUCCUCCUAAAGUGAAAGAUCCAGGAGGUUUUACAGUUCCUUGCACCAUUGGGAGUGUAAAGAUAGGGAAAGCCCUACUUGAUUUAGGGUCAAGUAUUAAUAUGAUGCCCUUAUCUAUAAUUGAAAAGAUUGGUGGUCUUAGGUUAAAGCCAACAAAUAUAUCAUUGAUUAUGGUGGAUGGGUCACCAAAGAAACCCUACAGUUUCGUGGAGGAUGUUGUAAUGCGCAUAGGAAGGCUUAAAUUCCUGGUUGAUUUUGUGGUCAUGGAGAUGAAGGAGGAUGAUAAGAUCCCGAUAAUUCUUGGAAGGCUGUUUAUGAAGGCGGCUAAAGUAUUCAUCAUUGUAGAAGAUGGAUUGAUUAUGAUUAAAGACUAA